CCAUUACCCACCAUUCCACCAUUGGCUCAGAGAAGUAGGUACCGUGUCGAUGCCGCAAGCUUGUGCGAGACAAGCGUGCGCCUCCUCUUGGCCGGUGUUGGCAUAAGUAUGCUAUGGCGCCGCAAUUAUUCUUCAAUGUUUUUAUCGUUGUAAUCAUUCUUACUUCGGCAAGAUGCUCUUCCUCAACAUUUUCUCCGUGGCAUUUGCUGCCUCGGCCGUUCAAGCAUUACCUACGUUCGGCAAAUCCAGCAUUUUCGAGAAGAUCGCUGCUCCGCCUGCAGGAUGGGAGUUGGAUGAGAAUGCUGUAUUCGACAAAGAUGUCUCGAUGAUGAAGUUGAGAUUGCAUUUGGUAGCACAGAACAUGCCAAAAUUCCACAAGAUGGCCAUGGACGUAUGAUCUCCAAUCUUUCACAUGUCUUAGGCGCCGGACCUGCAUAUGAGAAGAAGUCUUCUUAUUUUUCCGGAUACCUCAAAAUAGAAAUUGUUCUAAACUGACCUCUCAAAGAUUGCCACCCCUGGAAAUGCCCUUUACGGACGUCACAUCGACCAAACGACGAUCAAUGCAAUGAUCGCACCAAAGACUCAGUCGCGUGACCUUGUUUUGCAGUGGCUAUCGACCGCAGGCUUGACAAACCAAACAACUGUCUCGGCACGAGGAGAUUCCGUCAUUGUGGAAGCAAGUAUCAGACAAGUCGAAGAGCUUCUCCAAGCGCAGUACGACGCUUACGGUAAAGGAUAAACCUCUCCUCAUGAUUAAAGCCAGUUUCUAACACUUGUAGUUCACACCGGAUUGUACCAGGGUGCUAUCCGAACUCUCGAAUACAGCCUUCCCGAUGCUUUGAAGGGUCAUGUUGACAUUGUUCAACCAACAACCUUCUUCGGUCUUCGUGCGAUGCGAUCCAAUAUCAAGCAGCACAAAGAAUUUGAUGAAAGUCUCCUCAAGGUCGACGGUACUGAAGCCGUCACAGGCUGCAGUGGUAGUAAUAUUACUCCAAAAUGUCUUGCCAACCUCUACUCCUUCACAUCAGCCCCAGCUACGUUGACAAGUGGACUGAUGGGUAUCGCCGGUUUCUUGGAGCAAUGGCCAUCCAAGUCUGAUUUGACCACCUUCUUGAACAGUUAUGCAUACUUCGCCAACAAGGCUUACACAUACACCUGCACUCUUAUCAAUGGAGGAACUUGCCCAUCAAGUGGAAAUGGCUACCCAGGUAUUGAAGCCAAUCUUGAUGUUCAAUAUGCCAGAGCCAUCACAUCAGAGAUUCCUAACAUUUAGUGAGUUUUAUGUUUAUUAAUUCUGAACUGUAUUCUCAGAAUAGCGAUGCUAACAGAUUGAAGCUACUCAGUUGGUGGAUCUCCUCCAAUUCUUGGCGGUGGUGAAAACCAGAACGAGCCCUACCUCGAAUUCCUCGACUCUCUCCUUACCGCCACAACACUUCCGAAUACCAUUUCAAUCUCUUACGGCGAUGACGAAGCCACUGUUCCUUUGGACUACGCUGAUGAAGUCUGCAACUUGUUCUCUCAACUUGGUGCUCGUGGUGUAUCCAUCCUCGUUGCUUCUGGAGAUUCCGGUGUGGGUACUACUUGUACUACCACUGGAUCCACCAAAGGUUUCACAACCAAUUUCCCAGCAUCUUGCCCAUGGGUAACUGUUGUUGGCGGUACCACUGGUAACAGUCCUGAGUAAGUUAUAAACUCCUAUGCUUUGGAUUAAAGACUCAAACAUUAACAUUCCAUAGGGCAGCAUGGACUGAUGGUGGUGGUGGAUUCUCCUCUGUUUUCGGACAACCUUCCUACCAAUCUUCAGCAGUCAACAGCUGGUUGAAAACCGACACAACUCAUUCCUCAGUAUCAAAAUACUUCAACGCAUCCGGUCGUGCUUAUCCAGAUGUCGCCGCUCAAGCCACUGAUUGUAAGUUAAAUCUAUCUCUUACCCUACUCAUCCCAUGCCACGUAUUGUUCACUAACAUUCAAACCAGUCGUGAUCGUUGCCUCCGGAUACGCCGAGCUCGUCAGUGGAACUUCCUGCGCAACCCCAACCUUCAGUUCCGUCAUCCAACUCAUCAACUCCAACCGUGUCGCCGCUGGAAAAGCCGGUCUCGGUUUCCUCAACCCAUGGUUAUACUCAACAGCUAAAUCCGCAUUGACAGAUAUUACCACCGGCAAGAUCACCGGAUGCAGCGGUGUAAUCUCCGGUGCUGGUUUCUCAGCCGUUAGUGGUUGGGAUCCUGCAACCGGGUUGGGAACGCCAAACUACACUAAGCUGUUGGCGAUCAGUAACUCCACUUAAUGAAUUAUGAGUUGAGAUUGGAAUUUGAAUGGAGGAAAUACUAUGGAUGACCUAAUGGAUUAUGAAUUAUGAGAACUUGGGAUGGAGAGAACCAGUCUUUAUGUAUAUGCAUCGUUGCUAUAUAUUGACUGGCUUAUAUUAUUGGCUUGAAUACAUACCCAGAAUAUUUACCUUCAUCAAACAUAUACUUUGAAAUGGGAGUGUGUGAAUGGAUUUCAGAGAUCCUUGUACUUAUGCAUUGGAAGUAGAUGUGUUUGUAAAUCCCUGCAUAACCAUAAAGGUUCAGCGUGCUGGCAUUCA